CAUGGGUUAAAAUGAGCAAGUGCAUCAAGAAACAUACACAUCCUUCAAGGUAUCAUUAAGGAGCAUCAACAUCCUUUUACAAAGAAAGACCGUGGAAAAGAAACAUUCUUGUGCAUAAAGUCAAAUUAAAGAAAUGAAAUUGUCAUUGAUCUUAACGUCAACAUUAUUGAUGUUGACUUAUGUCAAAGCAAACUCGCAAGAGGAAGCAAAUGAUGAUAUCUAUGAAACAUGCCAAACAAGUCAGUAUGGGACGUACAAAGUUGCCCUUCGAUUCUGUGACAGAGGAUAUUGGCGCACAACUGGUCAAAAGAAAACUAAUAGUGGUCAUCUAAAAACUUCUCAUGGUUGUGUGAAAACUUCUAAUAGUACCAAAAAUGGUAUUUUCACAAAAUUAGCUACUUUUAAUGGAACAUCUUGCAAAGAUAUCUUAACGAAAUAUCCAUCUGCCACCUCUAGAGUCUAUUGGAUCAACGUCACCGAUCAUCAGCCGAUUAAAGUAUAUUGCGAAAUGGAGACACAAGGAGGAGGCUGGACCUUAGUUUAUAGUUACACUUUCACACACUAUCAAGGAUUUGGAUUAACACGGAAUGCCGUAACGCCUCGACCUAACUGGCCGGCAAGUGGUGCUACGGUUGCAGUAUCAACGACUCCGCCAUUAAAUGAAUCGUUAAAUGGAGCUGUAGAUUGGAAUCUUUGGAGGGAAAUUGGAAACGAGUUUAUGGUGACGUCAAAUAUUAAUGAUUGGAUUGUUUGUCAACCAAAACUGGAAGUUUGGUAA